UCACAUUAACUCUAAGCUCAUCACUUAUAUCUUCAAUACAUACUAAGAACACUAAAAUAACACUAAUUAAGAGAAAUGGCUACUUCUAAAAUGGUGCUUAUCUUAGCUCUUCUUCUCCCUCUCAUCUUAAGCACCGUUAACGGUCAGGUUAUUAAGCCCGAGUUUUACAAACAGUCAUGUCCUCUAGCCGAGUCCAUAACAAUGAAUGUCGUCAGAGAAACUCUUUCUGUCGCCCCUUCUCUUUCCGGCCCCUUAUUGAGAAUGUUCUUUCAUGAUUGUUUUGUUAGGGGUUGUGAUGCUUCAGUCCUACUUGAUUCUCCAACCAAUCAAGCAGAGAAAGAUUCGAUUCCAAAUCUUACUCUCAGAGGAUAUGAAAUUAUAGACAGAGUCAAGAGUGCCAUAGAAAUGCAUUGUCCCGGAGUUGUUUCAUGUGCUGAUAUAAUAGCCUUGGUAUCUAGAGACGUUGUAGUUCAGAGUGGGGGAGCAUCAUGGGAAGUUGAAACAGGAAGGCGUGAUGGUCUCGUUUCAUUGCUUAGCGAUGGUUUAGCUAAUUUGCCGGCACCUUUUGCUAACAUAACCUCUUUGAAGAGCCUUUUCUUGCAAAAAGGACUUAGUGUUAAAGAUCUUGUUGUCUUAUCAGGGGCGCACACAAUAGGCACGGCUCAUUGUUCAGCCUUCACAAACCGACUCUACAACUUCACAGGAACAAGUGCCAACUCCUUUGAUCCAACCAUGGAUUCUAACUACGUUGCUGCGUUACGUAAAAAAUGUGUACAAAAUGGCCCUAGCAAUGUGUUAGUAGAAAUGGACCCCGGAAGUUCCAAGAAAUUCGACGAAAGUUACUACAAACUCGUGUCUAAGAGAAGAGGGUUAUUUCAAUCUGAUGCGGCGUUGCUUGAUAAUUCCGAAACUAAAAGUUACGUUCAAACUCACAUGGGCGGUAACUCGGCCAGUUUCUUUAAAGAUUUUGGGGUGUCCAUGGUUAAUAUGGGCAGGAUUGGUGUUCUUACUGGUAAUGCUGGUCAAAUAAGGAAAGUUUGUUCAAAGAUUAACUGAUCGAAUUGACGUGGAACAAAAUUCUUCCCAUUUUAAAUGUUCAUAAAUUAAUAAAUAACAAGUUACACAAUUGUGUAUAAAUAUAUUAAUAGGACCAAAAGAAAAAAAUUUCGGUUCCUAAAAUGUAUGAUAGUUUUAAUAUAUAUGUAUUGGUUGAGAGCAUAUAAGUUCAAGUGAGAUUUCGCCCUCCCAAUUUUAUACUCUAUAUUGGAGAAUUUGUAAUAGUUCCCUUUAGUUUGAUACUCGACAUAUUCUUUCAUCGAAAGGCAUCUAUAAAUUCUAUAUAUAUGUAAUUUGUACGGAGUAACUUGUUGUGAAAA